AUGAAAUCCGUAAUUACUCUUUUCUUCACUUUACUCUUUCUCGCCAUUACUACUACUACAAUUUAUGCUGACAAUGCAACCCAAUGUCAAAAUUAUAAAGAUGCCUUAGCUUUACAACAAUCAUUUGAUGCAAUUAAUCCUAAUGCUCCAUGUCCUGUAAAUAAUCAAGUUGCCUGUUUAGGUAGUCACGGUGGUGUAACUUUAAAAUGUAGUGAAAAUGUAUGGAGUCAACAACCUUGUAAUACUGGUUUAAUUUGUUAUGCUCUACCUUUGGAAUUUAGUAGAGGAACUUCAAUUGUUUGUGCUGCUGCUAAAUGUUAA